GAGUGGUUGCCCGUGGGGAAACCAAAUAUCUGUCCUUGGCAUCAACCAUACCCCGCAACGCGCCGCGUCCUUUCAACGCGGUUGUAUGCCUGCCAGAUCCGUGCACUCCUCGCAUUCAUCGGUGUCUGGUGGCCAUGGGCAACUGUAGGCCAUGCCAAGGCGCUGUUGAGCUCUUCUUCCCAUCGCCAUGAUGAUUUCUUUCCGCUCAGAAAAUCCUACUGCGAAGGACUCAUCUUGGGAUGUGCGACGCCAAGCCAGAAGGGAUGGGCUUCGAGUAUAGCGUACCCACCCCGCACGUAGAGUCCACUUAUGGAAGGACUUAUUGCAGAGAGACGGCUGGCAGCCUCUCAGGCCGUGCUUAUAUAGCGGACGACGCCACCCACAUUGAAAGGCAUCUGGGAAGCUAACCUGCAAAAUAGCGGUUUCUUAAUUGGCUUAGCGCGGUUUUUAACCCGUGUUCUAAAUAUAGGCCACAAUACCUGCUCCGAAAACGAUCAAGUGACUUGCCACUGGCCAGGAACGCUGACCCCCGCUCCAGCU